CCUGAGACAUAUUUAGGAGGUCACAAUCGACCGUGCAGUGGCUGACCAAACAAGAACAGAUUGGAAACAAGCAACAAAGAACCACCAGAAUAGGCCAAGACUCCUGUUGUUCAAAAAUGGUGAUCCUAUGGAAAGCGAGGGACCCCGGCAUGAAGAAGCUUCUGCCGUGAGAGAAAAACGAAGGCAACUUUUACGGUACCCUGGUACUCUCACACUGCGCGGUGGAGUACCAGACGGAUCUGACCGUCUGUGCUUCUGGACUAGUUUAAAUUUUAAUUUUCUUCAAGUAUUAAAAGAACAAAGUGCAUUAAUUUGCACUUUAACCCUACGUACAAUUUGGAUUCAGUACUUCUCCUUUGGGCCAACAAAGGAGUGCAAACCAUGGUUAGUGCCAAGAGGCUUGCCCAACUGGCAAAAAAGUGGCAGCAGAUGGCGGCCAUGGGGAGGAAGAGGAUCACACAGACUACAACGGCGAAAAGAGCCGCCAAGGAGAGCUGUGCGACAACCUCAGUAGCGGUGAAGGGACACUGUGUGGUGCACACCUCUGAAGGGGAAAGGUUCGAGGUACCAGUGUCAUACCUAGGCACCGCGGUCUUCGGCGAGCUCCUGAAGAUGUCUCAGGAGGAGUUCGGGUUCGGAGGCGGCGACGAAGGCCGCAUCAUUCUGCCCUGUGACGCCACGGUCAUGGAAUACUCGAUGUGCUUGCUCAGGAGAGACGCCUCCACGGAAGUAGUGAAGGCAUUCCUGAGCUCCAUUGCAAGGCCAUGCAGCUUUGAUGGCAGUGUGGUGGCACCAUGCAUAGGGCUUAACCUGCUUGUGGCGGUUUGUUAACUUCUGAAUAAUGGCAGCUAGAUAGGAUCCUUGUUCUGGGCACCAUUUUUGUUCGAUGCAAGAUGUAAAUAUGAAGUUAGUAGAUCAGAAA